UAUCCUCCAUCCACCCAUCCAUCCACCCAUCCAUCCAUCCGUCCAACAUCCAUCCAACCAGACCGGAGCCUGGAUGCUCAGACGGCUCGUUUCCAGUCUCCGCACACGCUCCUGCUCUUUGUAACCCGAGUAAUCGUUUUUUUCAGCCCGGUUUAUGUGUGUUUAUUCCUCAUGGAGGAGUAGUCAGGUCGGGGACCCACCGCCCUGCAGGCUGCCGGGGAGACACGGCGCUCCACACCGACGGGAGUACACGCAGGUCGGGGAGGAAACCGUGCGGAUGGUCGGUGUUUCGGGCUCAGGAGGCUCCUUUUGCCGUCAUGUGAGCGCGGACGAGGCGCGUCGACCUGCCGGGGAUGAUGGUGAAACCAUGCGGCUGGGCGGUGCUCCCUAGCCUCCCCUGUUCCUCGCCUCCCACCUGAUCGCCUCUCCUCCUCCGUCUCUCCUGUCCACCUCCUCUCUCCGUCCUUCGCUCUCCUCCCGUUCGCCAUGUCGACCACCCUGGAGACGCUGCUGGCCCAGCCGGACCAGGACCUGAGCCCCGAGCGACUGGAUGGCUGCGAGGAGGCCGGCGGCCGCUACAAGGUGGUUCCCUCUGUCGUCUGCUCCAUGUGCUGUCUCUUCGGCAUCAUCUACUGCUUCUUUGGCUAUCGCUGCUUCAAAGCUGUGAUGUUCUUGACAGGCCUGAUGUUUGGCUCCAUCGUUAUCUUCAUGCUCUGCUACAAGGAGCGCGUUCUGGACACCCAGCUGAGCGUGGAGGCCUCGGUGGGGAUCGGCCUCGGCAUCGGCACGCUCUGCGGCCUGGUCACCAUGCUGGUUCGCAGCGUGGGCCUGUUUAUGGUGGGCCUGCUGCUGGGUCUGCUGGUGGCCGUGGCCACCCUGGUGGGCAUGGAGGAGCUUUCCGACAGCCCGCCGCGCUCCGUCUGGGUGCCCCUGGGCGUGCUGCUUGGCCUGGGCAUGCUGUUCGCCGUGCUCACCCUCCAGUGGCAGCGCCUCUUUACCACGCUGUCCACAGCGGUGUUCGGUGCAGCCGUCAUCACUGUGGCGUUGGACUACUUCGUGGAGCUCUUUGCCCUCGUGCUGUACGUGUACGAGCGGAUGAAAGCAGUGCCUGGCAAGCCUGUGUGCUGGCUGACGUGGGUGGUGCUCGGGGUGUGGCCUGCCCUCACCCUCCUGGGAGUCAUGGUCCAGUGGAAAGUGACUGCUGAGGGAUACUCCCACACCAAGGUAAUCAUCAGUCGGCAGCAGAGGAGGAUGCAGGUGAUGCGGAUUCGCCAGCGGGACGACCGCUACCGCAAGAAGAAGAAGAAGCACGGCUCCACCUCCCACCACCACCAGGUCAAGCAACUUCACGCUGAGCCCGCCUACCGCCGCAAACCCAAUCCUAUCCGCCGCUAUGACACAGACGUCCUCUCGCCGAGCUACAUCCAGAGUUUCCGAGACCGGCAGGUGCAGGCGCAGCCCUUCCCGAGCCGGCUGGUCAGCGGACCCCACGCCGCGGUGGAUGUGGGCUACGACUGCGGCUCCACGACGCCCCUCACCGGAGCUGCAGGACCUUCACUGCGGGUCUGACUCCCCCCUCCCAGAGGCCUGAACACAACCCUUCACCAGGGAGAUACAUGACUCUACAAUCACUACCCACCUGGGUGUAAUCACACCUGUGCUAGAACAAACCAUCACUGGGUUUCAAUGCAGAGAUUCAAACAUUAUCUGGGUUUAGCCACACCCCUAAGAGGAUGAAAUUAUAUUUAGGGCUGGAUUUACCCAAAAUGCAAAAUAUGUUUAACCCUUUACGAAGUAAAUUUGGGAUCAUAAAGCUCUCCCUGCUGGAGCCAUCAGUGUGGUGCAGAGGUUUGGUUGACCUCUUUUCACUGUCUUUCAGUAGAUUCUAAUGCACAAACGCAUGCACGCACUUACACAGACACAAACCGCAGCUACAAUCUCAACGGUUGACGUGGAAACCUGGAACAACCCGCCGUACCCAGCCCCGGCCUGUAAGUCACCGUCUCAAGUCAAACCCAUCAGGGAUCGCAGUUUCAGCGCAAACCCGCCUCAGGUUCAAACACAGGCAUUGUAUGAAAGAUCAGAAUACAACUCCGCCCAUGUUCAGCGUGCUGUUUCUACUGCUGUUGAUGUUUUUCAUCCGAUGCUGCAGAAGCAGGUUCCUCAGCCUCGAGGCUUCUUAAAAGUCCAACAAAGAUCAUCUGUAAAGGGAAGUAAAGGCCCUUACAUGCAAACCGGGAUCUUUUGCUCUCUGUGCCAUCUGGACUCCACAGUUGUCCUUGAAUCGCUGAGACUUCUUUAAUGUUAUUUUUUAAGGGAUGAAACCCUUCGUCACCCUUGGUGCUGGACGAUACACCUCUUCAGGCGUCAAACUGCUCUCCGACGGCCGGGGAAUCUGUUUUUAACGGGUGCCUUGCCCCUCCGUGGACUGUGCCAUUCAGCAACAGGAGGGGGGUUACUGGCAGAUCUCCUAUGGAUGGCGUGUUUUUGUGUUAAAUGUGAUCACAGAAGGAUUUUAUGAAAGGGGGUAGCCAUGGAGCUACAGCAAGCAGGGUAAAACAAUACUGGAGUUGGUUUGUUGUCUUCACAGUUGCCUGGAUAUAUGAGGAGGAUUUGAUUUUAGCUGACAGCAGGAAAGCCGUAUUUACACUGGCAGCUCAUCUGAGACUUCACACAACAGGAAAAGCCGAAUUUCAUCCCUCCGGAGCAAACUGAGAGAUUAUUAACGCAAAGUAGUGAAUUCCAUAAGAGUAACUGAAAGAUAUGUUUCUGCCAUUGUUUAGCAUUUCCUCACUGGCGCCGGCAGUGCCGUAAAGCCGUCCAGCAGCUUCUCAUCUGAAUUUGGUCGUAAACCGUGUUUCCAUCCAAAUUCUAACUGGAAUUCAAGAAAAUCUGUCAGAGAAAAUACGACUGAGCAUUUCAGAAGAGCAUUUACUCUUAUUUUGAAAAAGGCAAAAACCAUCACUUGUCCUUUUGGUUUCGUUUGACUUCAAAACUUCAACUCUAACUUCAAAAUAGUCGUGAAAAGUGGAAGUUUUGAGACUUCCAGCCUUGGAGCUCAGACUCUCGGUCCACAGGUUUGUCCAAAAACAUCUUUUGAUGAAUUUAAAAACUAAGCGCAACACUUACACGCCUUUUCUGACCUGCGAGAGCUGAAAUCUGUCCGUGACGGCGAUGCUGGGAUGCCAGUGUGACUACGGCUCAGAGGACGACUGACUCGGACUCGUUGCCAUACCAACUUGUACUUAGACCAACAGCUCCUUCCAUGAUGUGCAUUGAUUUUCUUUAUUCGGGACAGCAGAACGUUUCUGUCACCAGUGAAAAUGUGAAUAACGUCUUUAGCUUUUUUUUGAAGGAAAAGCAAACGUGGGGUGCGUUUUUAUUCAUCUGCGGGGAAACGGAAAAUGCAUGCGUCCCCGCCCCGCCCUGCGAGGCUCCUCCUCCGCCUCCCUCCCACCCUCCACCCCUCCCACCUGCAUCGAUGUGAAAUCUGUACAUAAAACGCAGCACUUACUAACUUUGUUUUCUUCUUUUCAUCAUUUCAAGUUUCAUUUCUUAGGAGUCUGAUUUAAUUGUUCUUUUCCGGUGGGAUGUAUUUAUUUGCUGAUUUAUUUAUUUCUCCAGCCGUUCUGUAAAGGAGAGUGCAGUGUCAUCACUGUAGGCCAGUAACUCCAUGCUUUUAUUUUUUCAACAACUGAAUUAUGACUAUGAUUAUUAAAGCAUGUGUUCCUCCGGGCCUGUAAACGA